AUGAUCGAUUCUUCAUUAUUCGUCUAUGUUUUGUUGUCGGUUCCUUUCCUUUUGACUCAAGAAGUAAAUUCAGUUAUAUUUUUUAUAAAACAAUAUGGAGUAUUGGGGGCGCCUACAGACUCGACUAUAUGUUCAUAUGUAAAUGGUGUGUCUAGAGUCACUUGUGACGCUGAUGGACAUAUCACCUUUCUACGGUUCUUUCAAGAUUCAUUUACAAAUGUUGGUAAUCCCGAUCCAUCGACUGUACUAGUAUUACCUAAAGUCAAGACAUUGAUGAUACAUGGAGCAUCACAAGUAGCCAACUCAUCGAUCAAUGUGGCCACUUAUAUCAAGAAUCUACCACUGUUGUCCCAAUUGAGUUUCGAGACUGACAAAUCGAUAACAUACCUCCCAGCCACAUUUCCAGAGGGUCUACCAUCUCUUCAACUUUUUGAUGCCAAGGAUAAUAGUAUUCGAUCAAUCGGCAACUUUUUCAAUAAUUCCAAUCUAUUACGAGUGGCCAUCGUUGAGCCAAUUGAAUCGGUUACCAUUGACAGUACACUCAAUCUACCAAAACUCAACAGCAUAGAGAUGGGAACUGGAGCAGGUGUCCUCGGUUUUACCUUUACCCAAUCAUCAUUUCCAACUCUCAGAACACUCACCAUCAAACAAAACCAAGGAUCAACAGUUACCAUUAACCAUGACUAUAAUGAUCAAAUUCUCACCCUAAUAAAAUGUACUGGAGGAGAAGGAUUACGUAAAUCAGACUUUUCAACUUGCAAGGUUACAUUCACCAACCCAAGCAUAAUUACAAACUUGGAAAUUGGAGGCCAAAACUCUAGUAUUACGCCUCCAAUUGGACCAGAUUAUUCCCAUCUUUCUUAUUUAGCUUGGAUUCAUGCUAAUUUAACUACCUUUCCAGGAUCAUUCCCUUCAAGAUUGGGUUCGUUAACACUUACAGGAAACAAUUUCGUUACACUUCCCUUUGUGUUACCAGCUUCCUUGGCCGCUGCCGAUUUCAGCAAAAAUUACUUGACUGGUACAAUUGAUGUUGACGCAAUGUGUGCAAACACUGUGGCUGGUAUCGAUCUUUCAGGGAAUCCAAAUCUACUCGCCAUCAACAUCGAUUCAUGUCUGCAGUCUAUUAAUAUCCAAUCAACUGGUAUUACCACCGUCCCAGAUUGCUACUAUUGUUAUCUUGGAUCUCAAUAUGUCAGAACUGAUUUGACUGUACCUCCAAAUUUUGUUUGCAAUGUCACUAUUGAUAAUUCAGAUUUAAUUGUUGUUCAAUCGGGUCAUACUCGAAUAACUGGAACAAAAUUGGGAUGGGGAACUUAUAAAUUAUAUGAACCAUAUAUAAUGUCAAGAGGUAUACCAAACAGAAAUGUGAAUAUUGCAUUUAGUUCAACCAAUCUCACAUUGCCAACCACCUAUGCGAUCAAGUUUACCGAGGAUGCCGAGCCACCAACUGCCACCGCUACGUUUGUCGAGGGUGGUGUCUCGUUGUUGCAAGUCACCACGUCGCACGACACACCCAAUUUGACCAACUUUACAAUCGAGGUUUUAAAAUACAAUCCAGUCUAUUUCAACCAUACCGUCACCAUUAACCAAUCCACUCCUUGCGUCAUUAUCAACUCUACCACCACUCAAAUCAAUUGUUUUGUAUCUCCACCGCUAGCAAGUGGAGUCUAUUUAGUCGAUGUUGCCAAUCCAUACUACAACCAGACCGUCCCAGUCACCAUCACUGGCAAAGAUUAUUGUCAACAAUCAACUGAUUAUUGCCAUGGUAAUGGUCAAUGUAAUCAAGAUGGUCAAUGCGUCUGUAAUAGUAAUGCUUAUUAUGAUGAUUGUUCAAAACCAUAUCCUAAAUUAUCAUCAGGUGAAUUUGGUGUAGUUAAUAAUCAAACAGUUAGUUUGUAUGGUGAUUUUGGACCUUAUGGACAAUUAAACCCAUCAAUUCAAAUUAAUAAUACUUUGGAGUGUACGGUUGUUGAUAAAUCACAAUUUGUCAUAAACUGCACUCUUGCUAAUCCACCUACUCCCGGUUUGGCAUCGGUUCAGCUCCAAGUUGACGGACUUGACGUAAUGGUUAGAAAUAUUCUAAAACUUCGUCCACCUCCAUCCAACGGAGGUAAUCCAGGUGGAAAUACAACAACAGGUUCUACAUCUUCACCAACUACCUCCGCUACUACAACAGGUGGACCAACACCAGACACACCACAACAACAAUGUGAAAAACAAACAUCAAAUUGUUAUGGUCAUGGUGUUUGUGAUGUAAACGGAAUAUGUCAAUGUCAAGAUACUUAUAAUCAAAAUGAUAAUUGUUUUACAAAGUUUAUAAAUACAACGAUUACACCAAAUACAACAUCACCAACGGUAUCAUUUGAUAUUGAUGGAAUUGAUUUCCAAUUUGAAGUUGUAUCCAUUCAAGAAUUGGAUUUUGAUAGUAAUAUUGUUAAAGAAUUAUUUAUUUCAAAUUAUACUUGGAUUGUGAAUGCAUCAACCAAUAAUAUUACAACUAUUGUUGAUUAUCAAUUAAAUACAACUUUAAAAAACAGCUCUACCACCGAUAUCAACUCUAUAUUAUUCCAAUCAGUCAGUGUACUAUCAACGAUAUCAUUCUCUUCAAAACCAAGAGAUAUUCAAUUUGGAGAUCAACAACUUCACAUCAAUGCCAACUCGAUUAAACUAUCAGUCAAUGUUACAAAUUGGCAAUACUCAUCCAACUUGGCAACACUCAGAGUUGUAUUUAGAACAAUCACCAUCAACGAUCAAACAGUCGAAUACGAUUGUAACGACAAGCAAAUUGAUGCAUUAACAUAUGAUUCAUUGUCAUCACUGCAAUACCUCAGAGUGAUCAAAGAUGAUAUUCAAUUCAAUGGUAGAUUUAUUGAUGUUGCAUUGUCUGAUGGUCGACCAACCUAUUCACAAACAGAAGUCAUAUCAUUGACACAAUCAACCAGUAACGAUGAACAAUCGAUUGCAUUGAUUGGUAUCAACUUGCCACAAUGUCAAUCAUGUGUUCUCGAUCCUGAUUUCUCACCAUUGUUAAUCGACAAGAGUAAUGAUAGUGGAUGUGAGAAAUCAAAUAACUGGAGAAUCAUUGUUGGAUGUGUUGUUGGUGGAAUUGGUGCUGUUGCCAUUGCAGUUGGAUCAAUCAUUACAUACAAAAAGAUCAAAAAAUUUAAAUCUGAUAGUGCAUGUAUCGAAUCUAAACUUCACAAUAUCAACUAA